AUGACCCAGAUUGCUGUGAACACGUCUGCUUAUUGCAACACUAGUUCCUGGCCCACUAGUGAGUUUGCAUAUGAAAAGUUUGAUAGGAACAGAAGCAACUGGCUGGAAAGAUUCCCAAGAUCUCAUCACUACAGCAGGAGAAAUGAAUUACUUCAUGACUACAGCUCGGGGAAUGCUUCAAAAUGCAGCAGACCAGAUAGAAGAACCUAUGGUCAGAUUACAAGAGAAUCAACAACUGAUGAUUAUAAAGAAAAACCCUUGAUAGCAACUGACAUUGUUGAAGAUUUCCCAUCAAGAUGUACCAGACAAAAUGUUAAAAUUAACUUGCAACUAAAAAAAGCUGAAAAUUUGAAAUUUGAGAUCAAGAAUAGUAAUUGUGUCGCUAGUAGCAAUGGCUUGGACAUUAGUCACAAUAUUUAUUAUAAUAAUAAUAAUAAUAGCAGUAGUAAUAAAAAUGUCAAUAAUGCUAAAAGGUGUAGUUCAAAAAUUAUUAAAAAUAGCAAUAAUAAAACUGACAACAUCAAUAACAAUGUUAAUAAUGAUAAUAAUGCCACUGAUAGUGGUGCGAACAAUGUUGAUAAUAAAGUGACUGACAACAGCUUGUGUAGUAGCGACACAAAGCUGAAGACAAACAUCUCAUCACAUGUUAAGCCAGAGAAAAUUGAAAAGAGAAAAGUAUUUGGGGCUGUUUUAUCGAGUACAGAGCUUCUGUUUGAUGAUGAACUUGACAACGAAUUAGUACCAGUCCCUCACUGGAGAAUUCAGUCUUUCACAGGGAAGUAUGUGAUCGAAGGAACAGAGGAUCUCAGUGACAAUGUGUACACAGAUAGGCAUUCAAAGCACGAAUCAUCAGAAAGGAAAAGAAAGAAAAGAGAUGAAAGGUGCUUAGAAGAUUUGGAAAAGUUGAACAAAUUAAAUAGCAACAACAAAUUAAACAUCAGCAGCUGUAACAAGGAACAAACAACCCCUAAAAAUACAAUUAGAUUCGUAGAGAUUACAGAAAAUGAGCCAAGGUGCAUAUUUGGUUCCGUGCUUCCGGAAGCUAAAGAAGAAGACUUCUCCCUGCCGUCUGAUUACUUCACUUCAUCACCAUCUCACUCUAGACCCCACUGCACAAGAAGGAAAAAACAUAAGUGGACAAGAUGUCACUGA